AUGAAGUUAGAACCUAGUUUUCUUUCUUGUCGAGAUGCUUCUUUGAGAUGUAGGAGACUAAGUUGUGAUCAAUCUGAAAUGCAGGUAGACAAGAACCGAAAAGUUGCUUCUCGGGACUGUACUUGCAAAGUUUUGAGAACAACAACUGUCGGUGGUCAAAAAACUAGUGCUUCCAGUGGAAUAACAGAAAAAAACCGGAGAAGAAUGUCUGUUCCUGCAGGUACCUUAAACAACAGCAACACUACCACUGCUUCUAAUACUACUACUACUGCUGCUGCAUCAUCAAAAUCUUCGUGUCGGAACUCUUUGUAUGGGCAAAUAAUUGAGAAAAAGAUCAAAGCGAACAUUAUAUAUGAAGAUGAACAUGUUCUUGCAUUUUUUGAUCCAGAGCCACAGGCACCGAUACAUUUUUUGGUGGUGCCGAGAAAGCCAAUUCCAAUGCUUGAGAAAGCUACAGAUGAAGAUGAAUCACUGUUGGGCAAACUGUUAUUAACCGCAGCAAAAACUGCAAAGAAAUUGGAAUGCGUUGGCGGAUAUCGUGUCGUCAUCAAUAAUGGUCGCAAUGCCUGCCAAAAAGUAAACUAUCUUCAUUUACAUGUAUUUGGAGGUAAGCAGCUAGGUUGGCCUCCUUCAUUCAUGACUUCGGAAGCCGAAAAGUGGCCAGCGGUGUCUGGAGAGACAUUAUUCACAAAAAUUGCUCGGAAAGAAGUAGAUGCUGCGGUCAUUUAUGAGGACGAUCAUAUUAUCGCAUUUCAUGAUGUUGCACCGCAAGCUCCUGUUCAUUUCCUAGUUGUGCCGAAGAAAACCAUAGAUAUGCUUGAGAAUGCAACAGACGAGGAUGAAGCACUGUUGGGAAAGUUGCUUCUGGGAGCCAAAAAGGUGGCAGAAAUGCUUGGUGUUAAGGGUGGUUAUCGUGUAGUCAUCAACAACGAUUAUAACGCUGGACAAGGAAUAUAUCAUCUUCAUUUGCACGUCAUUGGUGGUGGACAGCUUGGUUGGCCACCUUAUUUUAAAGCUCAUGAUUAUCGGAAAUCUUGUAUAAAUAACCAUCUAUAUGAUUGUCAAUUAAUGAUGAACGGUUUGAUUUCUCGCCAACUUUUCCUUUCGUUGACAGUGCAUCGAACCUCUUAUUCGGCGGGUUUGUUUACAGAGGGUUUAACUACUCACAAAAAACAUCUAAGAAGAAUGUCAUCAGAAGUAGAAAAAGCGCAGGUUGCUAAAAAUGAAGAGGAUACAAUUUUUGGUAAGAUCGUCCGUAAAGAAAUCCCGGCAAAAAUCAUUUUCGAGGAUGACCAUGUAAUGGCAUUUCAUGAUGUUUCUCCGCAAGCGCCAGUGCACUUUCUAGUGAUUCCAAAAAAACGCAUUGAUAUGCUGCAAAAUGCGACGGAGGAGGAUGAAGCGUUACUUGGGAAACUUAUGCUUGGCGCAGCAAAAGCAGCCAAAAUGUUGAAGCUAGAAAAAGGGUACAGGGUUGUCGUCAAUAACGGUCGACACGGGUGCCAAAGUGUUUUUCAUUUACAUCUCCAUGUGCUGGGUGGACGUCAACUAGGUUGGCCUCCUUGCUAA